AUUUGGUGUCUUCUGACUUAGAGCAUUCUACUUUGGAAAUUGGUGAAGCUCAAAUGAGGCUCAUUAGGAAGGAGUGCUCUGACACAUCAGCAGUCUGCCAACAGUUAGGAUGAAGUGAUUUGACCAUGAGGUGAAAAGCCUAAAACCUGCAAAAUAUAUGAGAUGUAUGGAUAUUUAUAAUUUUAACCCAAUUCUACUUACUAAAAAUAUUAAAAUUUCAAGGAAUUUAAAUACAUUUACUUGAAAUACUGAAAGUGUCAUAUUUUGUGAUUUUUUUGUAAAAUUGUUUUAAAUAAAGGUACAGUGAUGUUGCAGUAGUAAUGAAUGUAUUGUGUGGUAAAGACAUAGAAUCGAAUAUAGUUGAAAACAUAUAUGUAGUAUUGUAUGACUAAAGGAGAAAAAGAAGGUGGUAUAUUAUAGAAUGAGAGUAAGUCAAAUUGGAUAGAUGAUGGGGUUAAAAUUUUUUGUAAACUCUCUCCAGGGUAAUACACUGAAAAAGAGAGAAUGGGGAGAUGGAGCAAUCAGACCACUGGAAAUGAGUUUGUUCUCCUGGGGCUGUUCCACCACAACCAAGCACCCAAGCUUAUCUUUGCUGUCAUCUUCCUGGUGUUCCUCAUGGCCCUGGUUAGCAAUGCUGUGAUGAUGAUUCUCAUUUGGUUGGACUCUAGACUUCAUACUCCCAUGUACUUUCUUCUGAGCCAACUUUCCUUCAUGGACCUCUUGUAUAGCUCCACUUUUUUCCCCAAGAUAGCCAUUGACUUCCUUUCUGGGAAGAACACCAUUUCUUUUAUUGACUGUGGAAUUCAGCUGUUCCUUUUCACGACCCUUGUGGGAGCAGAAUGCCUCCUCCUGGCUGUCAUGUCUUAUGACCGCUAUGUGGCUAUCUGCCACCCACUCCAUUACUCAAUUCUCAUGCGCCCUGCAGUCUGUGGUUUUAUGGUGGUUGGGAGCUGGCUGGGUGCACUGCUCAAUGCCUUGAUCCACGUCUUGUAUACUCUCAAUCUCUCAUACUGUGCCUCCAGGGAAAUCCAUCAUUUCUUUUGUGAGAUACCAGCUCUCCUGAAACUUGUUUGUGGUGACACAUUUCUUUAUGAGAAUGGUCUUUUUGUCAGUGCUGUUGUGUUCCUCCUUAUUCCAAUAUCAGCCAUCAUGGCCUCCUAUGGGAAGAUUGUCACAACUGUUUUGGGAUUAGGGUCAACCAUGGGAAUAAAAAAGGCUUUGGCUACCUGUUCUUCCCAUAUGAUUGUGGUGUCUGUCUUCUAUGGAACAGCCAUCAUGAAGUAUUUUCUGCCCAAAGCCUAUCAUACUGCUGAGCAGGAUGAAGUGGUCUCUGUCUUCUACACUAUUGUCACACCCAUGCUUAACCCCCUUAUCUACAGUCUUCGAAACAAAGAGGUGGCUGGAGCCCUGAAGAAGGUUCUGCAAAGAUAAAUAACCUUAGAGAACUGACUUCC